CUCUCUUUUGUCACUGCAUUACGUCACUGCCGGCUACUCAUUUUUAUUAUUAUUAUUCGCAUAGUUUCGUAUGUUUUGAUUUAUUCGGUAAUCCCAGGCAAUCGAAUUGGGUUUAAUUCGAAGUUGUCAUGUCUGUUUUAUUAAAUGCCGCAGAAAAUAAAUGGAAAGCAUGCAUGAUUGUUGGAGGCUGUGCCGUAGCUGGAAUUUCAGCUUAUAUAUUUUAUUGUUAUUUCCAAAACAAGAAACGGAUGAUUGAUGAAGGAUUUGAAGAUAUAGCUAUAGCAGAUGACUCAGUGAAGAAAAUUUUAGUUCUUGGACUAAGUGGUGCUGGCAAGAGCACGUUUUUAACUCAGUUAUCUAAAUCAGAAAAUAACUCUGUACAGCCUGACAAUAAUGGUGGUUUAAAUGUUGUAUCAGUUCACUAUAAAAAGGGCAGAAUUUUGAAUUUCUCUGAAAUGGGAGGAUCUGAAAAUAUUCGGAUAUAUUGGUUAAAUUUUGUUCAAGAUACUGAUCUCUUAAUAUUUAUUGUUGACUCAACUGAUGAGCACAGACUUGCUGAAUCGGUUAAAGAGCUUCGCAUACUCACAGCCUGUGAUAGAAAGAGCACACCUAUAGUCAUUUUGGCUAAUAAACAGGAUUUGGAAAAUGCUGCAUCACCUGAAAACAUUGCUGCUGCAUUUGGCAUUCCUGAAUUAUCAAAGCGAAACAAAAUUGCAGUUUUACCAUUAGAAAUGCCUCCUUUUAUGGAUGAAGUUAGUCCCACAGUAUAUAGAGCGAAAAAAGCCAUUAUUGAUCUAUGUUUUGGUAAAUAAUAAACAUGGAUAUAAAUUUUUGUACAUAAAUUUAUACAAUUGAAAUGUAAUAUUUUUGAAGUUUAUAUGAAUUUUUUACUUCUAAAAUUAUUGUUUUUUGCUAUUAUCGAUUUGUACUUCUCAUAAAAUGACAAAUUUCAUUUCUAAUUCUAUAUCAUAUUUUGUUCUUGUUUUCACAUUCAUAUUUUUAUGUAUAUUAUUUUUAAAUCUCAUUCUGUUUUUCUUUUCAUAUAUUGUAUUCAUAUAUUGUAUUUAGGAAGUUUGAAAAUGAAACCAGCAUAAUGUUUUUUGUUCUUAAUGAGUUUAAUUUCAAUUUGUACUUUUAAAUUUUAUGUGAAUACAUUCUUAAAUAUAUAUUUUACUUACCAUAUCUUAGCCCUAAUAUUUCUAGAAAAAUUCUACAAAAAGGACAACUAUCACCGUUUUUCAUACUCUGUUGUGAUUUCCUCAAGAUUACAGAAUUAGUUUUGUGGAGAUAUUUGCAGAUUUUUGGUAUUUCAAAUUUUUAGAUGGUUUCUGUUCUCAGGAAAAGUAUAAUACUGCCUCAUUCUCUAAAUAAAGGGAAAAGAAAUUAAAUCUCGGAUUAGCAGAUAUUGUUUCUAGAAAUGCAAGGUUUUGUAUUGAUAUAUUUAUGUGGAGGUUUAAAUAGUUUUAUAUUUAACGGUACAAAUCUUUAAUAAAACUUCUUGAUUUCAGAAAUCAUGCCUCCUUUGGAAAAUUGUGAUAUUAAGAUUAAUUUAACUAUACAAAGCAUAUUAAUGAUCAAAAAGAAGCUUGAAAGAAAUAGGAAAGCAAAAAACAAUCUUAAGACAUAAUUAUUUCAGAAUCUGAAGAACUUAAAUUAAAAUUUGAACGUUGUUAAAUUGCCAGUUUUUAAUUGGAAUUUCGUUAAGAAAUUUAGGAAUUAACUGCUCGGUUAAAUGGUGAUUACCUCGAGUUUUCUGAGAUAUGUAUUCAGCUUCAAUUAAAGAAUUAUAUAAAUGUAUCCUGUGUCAUUGUUUUAAUAGAACAAUACAAUUUUAAAAAAAUAUAAGUCGUAAUUUGAUUGUCGAUUGCAUUGCAUCUUAUAUAAUACUUGUACUGUUUCUUAGUAGAAUCAGUUUAAGACUGGUGGAUUUUUUAUUUUUAACAUCAAAAUUUGAUUUUUAAUUUUUCUGCCCAAAAUUUUAAUUGCCAUUCCUUUUAAUUUCACACUUUUCUUAAUAGGUCUACUUUCAUUGUCAGUUGACUCAUUUGUACUUGAUAUAUGUGGCUGUUAGUUUUUAAAAACAAUGCAAAUUGUUAGACGUCUUUCUGAGGUUACCUGAAAGGAAUUCACAGUCUCUAUCGGAACACAAUUUUUUUUUUUUUUUUUUUUUUUUUUUUUUUUCAUUUACUUUCAUGUUACGGAUUUUUUUUCUGUGAUGAUAGGCCAAAUUUCAGGAUCUACUUUUUAGAAAAACCGAUUUUGAGCCAGAUGGAAUGCUUUUUUACCAUUUCCUUCUACCUUACAAUUGUAGUGAAUUCCAGCACAUAAAUAAUGUUUUUUAAGUUCAUCACUCUCUUUCGUUAAAUACAUCUGUUUUUUGAGUAGUUUAUGUGGUUGGAACAUUUUGAACUUAUCUCGAUUCUCUCAUUUUUAUAAGUUGCUGAGCAGUUAGAAUUUAAAAAUGACUGGUUUGUGUCAUGUCAUUUACUCAACAACAAGUUGUUCCUCACAAAUGAGCACAUGCAGCCAUGUCAGUAUCAGUAAGUACUCUGUGAUAGGAAAUCAAGAAAAGUGCAACCUUGUGGCGAAUAAAGUCCUUUGCUAUAAUACUCAUUUUGCAAUAAUCUACAUUGCAUUUUUUUAUUAACUGAGAAUAUGCGUUUCCAUGUUAUGGAUAUUAGCUUUAUCUCCCGACGCGUUAUCACGUUUCAUUCCUGUGAAAUUGUAAU